ACUGAUAGUCAAUUGAACACAUCGUCGCUAAAACACUGAUAACACACAACAUACUGAUACAUUCUGGCGACGCCCCCCCUGUCUCCUGUGACUUCUGAUUACACGAAACUACAAAUCCCAUUCUCCAAUCUCCAUGAGGAGGGACACCGGGAGCGUCUCGUCGCGAGCUCCCUCUGCUGUGCUCCCUGCUGUGCUCCGGUUGGUUUCGGUGCAAACGCAACACCGACACCGACGCUGACGUCGGGGAAGCCGUCCAGAGCUCGGAUCGCUGCUGUGGCAAAGAGGGGGAAACUCGCGUGAGCAUCUUUUCUCCCAGCGACGUCUUGCAGAAUGGGUAAUGGUCUGAAUAAGAUCCUGCCCGAUCUGUACUUGGGAAAUUUUAAAGAUGCGAGGGACAGGGAGCAGUUGGCGCGCAACAACAUCACCCAUAUCCUGUCCAUACACGACAGUGCGGCACCCAUCUUACCAGAGAUGACCUAUCUCUGCAUUUCAGCAGCUGACCUGCCUACACAAAACCUAACCCAGCACUUUAGACAGAGCAUCGUGUUCAUGCACGAGUCGCGGCUGAAGGGGGAGGGCUGUCUCGUUCACUGCCUGGCAGGCGUGUCCCGCAGCGUCACCCUGGUGGUGGCCUACAUCAUGACGGUGACCGGGCUGGGCUGGCAGGAGGCGCUGGCGGCCGUGAAGGCUGCGCGGCCCUGCGCGGGGCCCAACCUGGGCUUCCAGAGGCAGCUCCAGGAGUUCGAGGCCACCCAGGCGGGAGAGUUCAGGGUGUGGCUGCUGGAGGAAUACAAAGACAACCCCUUCAAUGACUCCUCUGACGUACGCGCCCUGCUGGCCUGUAAGGCCCCAGGCCCCGGGGACCAGCGGAGCCCCGUCCUAGCCACACCGGAGCGCCACUCCGAUGCUAGCACUGGAACGCCAUGACCUGGGAAGCACAAGCGCAGAUGGUGUUAAAGACUGAUGUUUCAUCUAUUGACUAGAUUUGUGAUGACGAUGGACUCGUGAUGUGGGAUGAGUCCACAUCAAGGGAGAUUGUUAAAAUGCUUUGGAGUCUUUUAAGUGACGCCUUUUGGUAGGCCUACUGUUAUCCCUAAUUUAUUCAUGUCUUUUUUUAAUGUUGUCAAAAUAAUAUCUAUUUUGUGUUAUUGUGUGAAGUGAAAUCAGUGUGAGUGUAGUUGCCGAUGGCAACUUUAUCAAUCUCUUGCUUUUUGGUAAAUUGUUUAGCAUUUUUUACCUCCUUGUUUGUUUUUGUCCUGAAAGCUUUAAAUAAAUGAAACGUACUAAACAGUUUCAAAUAUUGUUGGACAUGUGUAUAAU